AUGGCGUCCAGAGGAAAAAGUCCAAUACUCUCCUCCGCACCACUUCAGGUGCUCCUGUACCUCAACAGUUGGUACUUUGCUGCCUUCUUCAUAGGAGAGUGCCUCAUGUUCAUCUACAAAGGAAUUCUGCUACCCUAUCCGCAACAAAAUCUCAUCCUAGAUGUCGUGCUGCUCUUCCUCUUUCUUGCCCUCGAAAUCCUCAGACUAUUUUAUGGCUGGAAGGGUAACCUGUGUGAGCGCUCCUUGGCCAUGUCUGUCAGCCUCAGUGUGCUGUUGCCCUGCGCAGCGCUGGCUGUCUACUAUCUCUACCUGCAGACGUUUGUCCUGCGGCUGGAGUUCAUACUCAACGCUAUACUGCUCUGCUUCUACGGCCUCGAGUUCAUCCUCGGAGUGAUGUGUGUCACCACUUUUUCAAGGUAA